UCAGCAGAAACCAACCGGAAAAAACAAUGCGAGACGCUCUACAACUUCCCGUCGUUGACUUAUCCUCACCGGAUCGCUUCUCCACCGCCGACUCCAUCCGUCAGGCGUGCAUUGAGCAUGGUUUCUUUUACCUUGUGAAUCAUGGGGUUGAUGAAGAACUGGUUAAGAAAGUUUUUGAGCAGAGUAGCAACUUCUUUUCACUCCCAGUUGAAGACAAGAUGAAGUUGGUUCAAAGGAAUUACAGAGGUUAUGUUGGACUUAAUACUCUAAAACUUGAUCCUUCAAGUGCCAAAGCUGACUCUAGAGAAGGCUUCUAUAUUGGUCCACUAGCUGAUGACCUCAAUCAAUGGCCUUUAGAAGAAGAUCUGCCGUCUUGGAGAAGCACAAUGGAGACUUAUUUUCAUAAACUGCUGUCUGUUGGUACUAAAUUACUCUCCUUAAUUGCACUAUCCCUGGAAUUAGAUGAAGAUUUCUUUGAAAAACUGGGUGCACUUAAUGAUCCAUUGGCGAUUAUUGGUUUAUUAUAUUAUCCAGGGGACUUGGAUUCUUCCGGUGAAGAAAUAUAUGGUGCUUCUGCUCAUUCAGAUUAUGGAAUGAUCACUCUUUUGAUGACUGAUGGUGUUCCAGGGCUUCAGAUUUGCAGGGAGAAAACCCAGAAACCACAAGUUUGGGAGGAUGUGCCAAGCAUGAGUGGGGCGUUCAUUGUUAACAUCGGGGACGUGAUGGAGAGGUGGACCAACUGUUUGUUUAGAUCAGCAAUGCAUAGAGUGCUGCCACCAGGACAAGAACGCUACUCCGUGGCUUUCUUUGCGAACCCCAACAAAGACUGCCUCAUCGAAUGUUUUGAAAGCUGUUGCAGUGAGUCUUGUCCCCCAAGGUUUCCACCCAUAAAGUACUUGGACUUCAUGCAAGAGCGCCUUAGAGUUUCAUUUGACUUGUAGUUCAAGUUAUGCAUCCUUUUCACGUAUUGUAUUCCAAACUCAUUUCUUCUAAAGAGUUGCAAAUAUUGAAAUCAACAUGUUCACAGUGUGCAGACGACUGUAAAGAUACAGUAAUAUGUAAUAAACAGACCAAUGACAGUGAAAAAAAAAGAAGAAACAG